AUGUUACGCGAGUGCUACUGCGUUUGUCGUAACUUUUCUCCAAAGCAUCUAGUCUUCCUGGUAAUUGCGUUUUCCACUGUGUAUCUAGUUCUCUUGAAGUAUACAGCAAGCAGUGAACUAUCACACGUUAAGACGGCUUCACCUCUUCGCCAUGAAAUCAAAGCGAAUGCUGCAAGACCUCUACACGUUCUGUACGAGUCUGAUCCAAAAGAGCUUGAAAUCGCUAGACAAACUCUGAAUUUCUUAAAUAACGUUGGAGACGUAGUGGAAGCGAAACAAACACUUAAGACGACUCUCACAACCCUUCCUGGUGGUGACUGCCCUGAUCCCGAUUCUGUUCCUGACUUGUGGGGAUCGCUUCCUCAAGCCGUGUUGUUGAUCGAAAACUUGCAGGAAGCGGAUGUUUCUUCAGUUCACCCUGAAUUGAAACCUGGCGGAGAAUGGAGUCCAAGUGAUUGCAAGGCGCGUCACAAAGUGGCUAUCAUUAUUCCAUUCCGCGAUCGGCAAAGCCAUCUCACGAGGCUGUUAGAUUUCCUCAUACCGGUGCUUCAGAGACAACGUCUCGAUUUCAGGUUUAUAGUGACGGAACAGUAUGGCAACGAUCUCUUCAACAAGGGCCGGAUUAUGAACGCUGCAUUCCGUUUUGCUGAAACUUUAAAUGUUGACUGCGUUAUCUUCCACGAUGUCGACAUGUUCCCCCAAGACGAUCGAAAUCCCUACUCUUGUCCACCUGGACCACGACACAUGGGAGCUUUCGUCAGCAACUUGGGAUACCAACUGUGGUACAAAGAGAUCGUGGGUGGUGUAUUGGCCGUUUCCAUGGAAGAUUACCGUCUCAUCAACGGUUACUCAAAUAUGUACUGGGCAUGGGGAGGCGAAGACGACGAUAUGGGUAAGCGAAUCCUCUCUCUAAAUUAUACAAUAGAGAGACCUGAUCCUGAAACAGGACGAUAUUCGAUGCUGAAGCAUGUGAAGAGGAAACGAACUGCACCAAAGCUCAUUUACAAGCUGCUUGAAAUAGCAGAAAAACGUGUAGCUUACGACGGACUGAAUGAGACAGGCAAAUGGACUAUACGAAAAAUCAGUAUUCGACCGCUCUACUAUCACUUAUACGUCGAUGUUGGCAGUGUUCCAGAUGAAUGGCGGGAGAAAAAGAGUUAA